AUUACACUCUCUUUUCCCAUAACAUAAACAUUUUCUACCCAAACCCAAAGGCCAAAUCUGUGUUCUGAUAUUUUCUCUCCAAAAUCCAUAAGCCUUAGAUGGGUUACCUCAAUUUUUCUUGCAAAGCUGAAUCUUCAAUCUCAACUUCAAAUUCUGUAACAUCAUCAUCAAAACCGAACAAAGAGAACAAAGAAAAAACCAUCAAGAUCCAACAGUUUCAAUACAGUGACCUUGAAGCUGCAACAAACAAUUUCUCAGACAACAAACUUCUUGGCAAAGGAAGUCAUGGUUAUGUCUACAAAGCAAUUGUUCGUGGUAAACCUGUAGCAGUAAAAAGACCAUCAAGACCCAUUUCAUCUUCUGAAAUCACCAAUGAAGUUGAUAAUGAAAUCGAUAUUUUGUCGAAAAUUCAUAGUCCCAGGUUGGUUAAUCUUGUUGGUUUCACCAAUGAUUCUAAAGAUAGGCUUUUGGUUGUUGAGUUUAUGUGUAAUGGUACACUUUUUGAUGUUCUUCAUUCUUCUUCAAGAAAUCUUAACUGGGGUAGAAGAAUUCGUUUGGCUUUGCAAACUGCUAAGGCUAUUGAUAUUCUUCAUUCAUCAAACCCACCUGUUAUUCAUAGAGAUAUUAAAUCUGCUAAUGUUCUUAUUGAUCAGAAUUAUAAUGCUAGAUUAGGUGAUUUUGGUUUAGCACUUAGAGGUUUUGAUAGGGUGAGGUCAACUCCACCUGCUGGUACUAUGGGCUAUCUUGAUCCUUGUUAUGUUACACCUGAUAAUUUGAGUACUAAGAUUGAUGUUUUUAGUUUUGGGAUUUUGUUGUUGGAGAUUAUUAGUGGAAGAAAAGCUAUUGAUGUUGCUUAUUCACCUCCUUCUGUUGUGGAUUGGGCUAUUCCACUUAUUAAGAAAGGGAAAGUUUUUGCUGUUUAUGAUCCUAGAAUACCACCUCCUAAGGAUCUUGUUGUGAGGAAACAAUUGGCUUUGAUUGCGGCGAAAUGUGUUAGGUCUUGUAGGGAGAGAAGGCCGUCGAUGAAUGAGGUUGUUAAUUGGCUUAGUGGGUUGUGUAAAUUGGUUCCGAAUCAUUCGUGGAAUGGUUUUAAUAACCCUUGUAUGAUGGUUGAAACCGUUGGACGUCCGGUUGAACCGAGGAACGGACAUGUCAAUAGUUCGAGGUUUGUGGAAGAUGGGAAUUUUGAUGGUUUGGAUGCUAGAUUGUCGAAGUCUGCGUUGAGAUAUUCGAGGAGAGUGCAUUCGGAUUUGGGGUUCAGUAGUAACUUGAUGGACCUUAUGGCUACGACUGAGGAAGCGGAAUUUGUAAGAGACGGUGUUGUUGAACAUAGUUCUAAAUCAGUUGAACAAGUUUCUAGUUCAAGAUUUGGAAGUGGAAGAUAUUUUGCAAAAGGGAAGAAUCUAUACAGGCCUUGUGGUACUGAUAAGGAUGCUUUUGGUUUGAGUAAAGUUCAGAUUGUUGGGGAGAGAUCUUCAAAACAGCAUGAGAUUUCUGAAUCAACUUUGAAUUCUCUUGCAACUGAGGCUAUCUAGUUAUUUUCAUAAACGUUUUGAUUGGAGUGAUGCUUAGUCUUGUAACACCGACAAAUCAGAUUGAAGGCGUGUCUUGUGUCUGACACUGACACAACACCGACAUAUGUGGUUACAUUCAAUUAUUCAAUUUUUUAAAACUUAUGUCAACAUGUCGGUGUCGUGUCCGUGUUUCAUAACUUGUAAGCUUUCCUUGCUUGCAAAUUAUACUUGUGUAGAUUUGGUGUUAGUUCAUUGAUUGUGGAUUUGAGAAUUGACAUGUUCAUUUAACUGUAAGUAUUUGGAUUUGGAUUGAAGGGUACAUAACUUAUGUUCCCUUAAAACUGUUCAAAAAUCUUUGUCAAAGGUUUUGUUUUCCCUAUUCUUCCUGUCAAUAACCAAUGUAUGAUUUAGGAACAUAUAGUAAUGUUAUCUUACACAAACAUGAAGCUGCUGCUGAAAAUUGUAAAAACCUUUCAAUUGCUUCAUAAUUUAAUAACUUGGUUGUAUCUA